AGCGCGCGCGCGCGUGGCUCCAGGCUUUGUCUGUGGGAAAGCUGGAGCGGCAGAGUGAGGAGGACACUCCGGCACUGACCCGGACCGAACCCGCUCCAGUCUGACUGAGGGGCCUGUGGCAGAACCUGCAGCGGCAGAACCUGCAGCGGCAGAACCUGCAGCGGCAGAACCUGCAGCAGAACCUGCAGCAGAAACUGCAGCGGCAGAACCUGCAGCAGAACCUGCAGCAGAACCUCCGCUCUUCAGGAGGAACUCUGGAAGCUUCUUGUUUUCUCAACUCCUCUCCAAGUCCCUCGGGGAGGAGGUUAAGUUUGUGCCCCUCAGCUUGGGUGGGAGUGGACCCUCUCCUUCACCUGCGCCCUCCGCGGGGGGGUGCGGCGGAAGGUGCGCUGCUCACGCGCCAUGAAGCGACCGCGUGAGGACAGUGGCUCCGUGGAGCGUGACGUGGACGAGACCAUCAGAGUGGAGAAGCCGCAGAUCUUCUCAGGGUCUUCCUUCGUGAGAUGUGCGCCGUCAACCACCACCACUCAGGCGACGGCGAGAAAAAAGCGCCGAGGGAUCGUCGAGAAGAGACGCCGAGACAGAAUCAACAGCAGCCUGUCGGAGUUGCGGAGACUCGUCCCCACGGCCUCGGAGAAGCAGGGUUCAGCUAAGCUGGAAAAGGCAGAGAUCCUCCAGAUGACUGUGGACCAUCUGAAGAUGCUACAAGCAGAGAAAGGUAACCUGGAAGGCCCCGCCCUCGCCCUGGACUUCCUGUCUCUGGGCUUCAGGGAGUGUGUGACGGAGGUUUCCCGCUUCCUGAGCUCCAUGGAGGGGUUGGACUCCAGCAGCCCUCUGCACUCCCGCCUCCUCUCCCACCUGUCCUCCUGCUCCUCCCAGCGCGACGCCGCUGCCUCCCAUCAGCACCUCCAUCCUUACCUGUUUCUCCCGCACCCCUGGGCAGCUGGCGUGGCUGCCCUGCCUCCUCUACCAUACCUACUGGGCGGUCUGGCGGAUGCUAGAGGAGGCGUGGCCUCCUUCCCCUCCCAUGCAGACUCCUCCUCUUCUUCGUCUCUUGCACUCCCCUGCACGCCAGCCCCUCUUCCCGCCCUCUCCCUGUCGUCGCCGUUUCCCCUCCCCAGAGGUUUCCCCAUCCUCUCUUCUUUCAGCUGCACUGCUGCCUCCUCUGCAUUUCCCGCCUCCUCUUCCUCCUCUUCCUCCCUCAGCAGCAGUAAUCCCCACCGGCCGUGGGGCUCUGAGGUUGGCGCCUUCUAAUAACCUGUGGGUGGGUUCUGAGUCACCUCCUCCUGCUUUCAAAAAGUUCUAACAGUUCUGGAGCCGUGGAGCUGAUCUGAAGCUGAUUCCUCUUUAACUUCUACUCCAUUCAAAACUCACAGCUUCACUUUUUUUUUUGGUGUUUCUGAACAUUUAAUCUGAACGUCUUCAUCUGAUAUCAGGUUACCGGUCCAGUCACAAUCUGACAGAACUUGAAUUCAUAUUAAAACACAAACAGACAGAAAAGCCAUAAAAUGAUUAUAAAACUGUUGCAGGCUUCUGUGAAGUUUUUUUAUUUUCUUCCUUAAAAAACUGUAACAGCUUUGAAUCUGUGAUCCAAAGACUCCAUCAGAGGACAUUUCUGUUAAGAUUAAAUCAAGAGAAAGACGAAAACCUCAAACCUGAGAGAACCG